ACGAACUGCCGCGGCAUCAUUCCUCCAUCAUCCCCAGCAUUCUAUUCAACGCCGCCUUGUUUUGGGCUUCGAGCUAAAACUCUCCUUCUCCGUUGACUCCAAGGCGGUCGCAUACGCCAGUUUCGAUUCGCGACUCCCCAUCUGACCCAACCAACAGUCCACAUUUAGUCCUAUACCCGCUACCUCGUCCAGAGAGAUCCUCACAACAAUGCCAGAAGAAGAGCCGUCCCUGAAUAUCCCCUCUCUCCUCACCCUCGCCGUGGUGUCAUUCUUCGUGCUUCGAUGGUUCCUUAACCGCGAUGGGGGAGAGGCCGGGCCAGGCAGCAGUCGCAGUCGGCCGCGAGGCACCGUCGACCCAGCUCAAGUCGAGCAAAUAUCCCAGAUGUUCCCCCAGCUCAGCGCCCGUGAGAUCAUGUGGGAUUUGCAGCGCAACGGAGGUAGUGUUGCGGCGACGACGGAGAGAAUCCUGACCGGUCGGGGGCUGGAAGUGCCGCCCCCAUCCUUCCAACCCCAGAUUGCGAUCCCCAAUACAGCACCCGUGCAGUCACAACCUACUCAAACGGCAACCUCUAAGGCCGAUGCCCAGGAUCUGAUCUCCCGAUACAACCUCCGCGCGAAACUUGAGGCCGAGAACAGCGCCGCUGAGUCCGCGCCGUCGCAGGCUUCUUCCACGACAGGCUGGUCGCAGAGCAAGGAGGAGCGCCAGCGCUUGCUGCAGAAGCGCAGGGACGAGAUGAUUCUGGCGGCGCGGAGGAAGAUGAUGCAGAAGGACCAGGCUGCUCAAUGAAGUUAACCAUGCUAUAUCGUUCGUGGGGACUGGAAACUUGGAACUAACUCUCUGGGGCCCCGGUAUUGCGCGUCAUAGGGGCAGGCAGAUUGACGGCUUACUCGAAGGGGGGUUUUUCUUUAUGCCUUUCAUUCUGUAUUCAUUUGGAUCACUUUUGUGUGCUUCUUCGAUCUCCUUCGGGUUGUUAUAUACCUCUUGUUGCCGGCGUUGGGGAUGUGUAAGAUUCAAUCCAUUGUUAUUGGCAUAUCUGUUGUUGUUUUCAUUUGUCUUUCGGAGAUUGACUUGUCAUGUCUUUUUUUCUUACUAUCUUCCCUCUCCUCUCUCUCAUCUUAAGCUGAGCGUCGCAUGCAUCUGGUGUUUUUGAUAGGGGGAUAUGAUCAGCACUACUUACUACCUAUCUACUACCUGCUUACUAGCAUGACACCCGGCCCAUCAACCAAGUAACUUCCAAUCAAUGAUUCAG